GUCACCGCAGGGUACAAUUCUAACCUGGGGCAUGAAAUAAACCCUCGAAUCCCAGGCCUUUGAGGGAGCCCUGAGAGAGGUCCAGAGGCUAAGGAUGAGUCCAGAAAGCUAAUCCCUUCCCCAUUGUAGCUCUUGGGUUGAGAGGGGCACUAAGAUGCUUUGUAUAGUCCUCUAGGGAGUCACCUGCCAUCCUGUCCUGGGCCACCAAAGCUAACCCCUCCCAGGUCAUUCCAAGAAGCAUCUGAAGCUUCCCAAGAGCCCCUUUCACCACCUUCCACCUCUGGCUCCCGACUAACAACGAGACCAUGAAAGUGAGGUCCACUGGAGGCGACGGAGAAGCCUUAUGUGUAGCAGAAGAGGAACCUGUUGGAGAAGAGGAGGAAAUGGCAGCAUUCCCAUGCACCCAGAAUGGCCCGGCAGGGCCCACCUGUAGCCGCUGUCAGAAGAACCUGUCCCUGCACACAUCCGUGAGAAUUCUGUACCUCUUCUUGGCCCUCCUGCUAGUGGCUGUGGCAGUGCUGGCUUCACUAGUGUUUAAGAAGGUCGAUUCUCUCUCAGAAGACAUCACCAUCACCCAGUCAAACUAUGAGAAGAAGAUAGUCUCUGUGCAGGAAAACCUCCAGGAGCUAGAUCAGAAAGCCCUGGGCAAUUGCUCCUUCUGCCAUGACACAGGGCAGUUGGGACAAGAGAUCCACAAACUUCAGCAGGAGCUGGAGGAAAUCCAGAAGAUGCUUCUAGUCCAAGAGAUUCAGCUGGAUCAGACUUCCCAGACCCAUCAGCAGCUCUUCUCUACCAGUAACCAAAUCACAACUGUGGUAGACAGCUGCUCCUUCUCUAUCCACCAGGUCAACCAGACUCUAGGGCAAUUCCUGGCCCAGGUGAGGGGCUGGCAGGCUGCCAUGGCUGGAUUGGAUUUUUCGCUAAAGGGCCUGACCCAGGACUGUUAUGAUGUUAAGGCAGCCGUGCAGCAGAUCAACUUCACAGUGGGGCAGACCUCAGACUGGGUCCACAUGAUCCAGCGGAAAACAGAAGAAGAGACCUUGACCCUGCAAAAAAUGGUCAGUGAGUGGCAGAACUACACCCGGCUCUUUGGUGGCCUGAGGGCCACCUCGGCCAAAACUGGGGAACUGGUCAAGAGCAUACAGACCAGCCUCAGUACCGCCUCCCAGCGCAUCAACCAAAAUUCUGAGGGCAUCCAUGACCUGGUGUUGCAGGUGAUGGGCCUGCAGCUGCAGCUGGACAAUGUCUCGUCCUUCCUGGAUGACCAUGAAGAGAACAUGCAUGAUCUACAGUACCACACACGCUAUGCCCAGAACCGGACUGUGGAGCAUUUCGAGACCCUGGAAGGGCGCAUGACUUCUCAUGAGAUCGAGAUAAACACCAUUUUCACCAACAUCAAUGCCACAGACAACCACGUACACAGUAUGCUCAAAUACCUGGAUGAUGUGCGGCUCUCCUGCACACUGGGCUUCCACACCCAUGCCGAAGAACUCUACUACCUCAACAAGUCCGUCUCCGUCAUGCUGAGCACCACGGAUGUGCUGAGGGAGCGCUUCAGCCUGCUUCGUGCCCGGCUGGACUUUGACAUCCAGAACCUCUCGAUGGUCAUGGAGGAAAUGAAGGCUGUGGAUGUCCAGCAUGGAGCCAUUCUCCAGAACGUCACCAUCCUAAGAGGGAUCCCUGGACCUCCAGGACCAAGAGGACUCAAAGGCGAUGUGGGAGUGAAGGGACCCUAUGGGAGUAGGGGUCCCAAAGGAGACAAUGGCACUAUGGGCCCCCCUGGACCCCAGGGCCUUCAGGGGCAGCCUGGUAAAGCUGGGCCGGCAGGUGAAAGGGGACCCAGUGGCCUUAAAGGUUUCCCAGGCCUUAAAGGAUCUAAAGGCAGCUUUGGAUCAGCAGGACUAAAAGGACAGCCAGGCCCUAAGGGUGAUAUGGGACCCCAGGGGCCAGAGGGACCCCCAGGUUCUCCAGGUCCACCAGGACCCCAGGGCAAGCCAGGGAUUGCCGGGAAGACAGGGUCACCAGGCCAGGUUGGGCCCAUGGGUCCAAAGGGUGAGCCUGGCAUACAGGGUCCCCCGGGUCUUCCUGGGCCUCCAGGGCUACCAGGAAACCAGAGUCCCUAUUGAACAGAGUUUACUUCCUAGAAAUGCUGCCACACAAAAGUUCUGGGGAAAGGGACUGCCCAAAGCAGCCCAGGGCCCCAUCAAGGAAGAAGCAUCUCCGCAAAGACAACUGUGCUUCCUUCAUCUCCACUAGGAUUCCUCCUGGAUCUGACCUGUCCAUUUCCAGCUUUCAAAGGACUUACUGCUUGCUGCUUUGGCUAGUCCCAAUGGGGAUCCUAGAACCCUAUCCAUCCUUACCCCCCAAAGGCUGCUGCCGUAGUCCCCAGUGCUAAAUUAAUGGGACUAAACUUUUUAGUUCUUAGGGGGAAGAUGGUGAUGGGGAUGAUGAUUAUGGUGGUAGUGGUAGUCGUGGUGGUCAUGAUCAUGGUAAUGAUUGUGGUGGAUUGAUGAUAAAGAAGCAGCAACUCCCUUCUUACUCUUCUUCUUUCCCAUACAGCCUUUCUCCACUGAAUAGGGAUCUAACUAGACUAGCGUUGGGAGGGUGGAAGUGCAGGCCACGAGGAGGGGCAAAUGGGUCUGGGGGUGCCUAUGCAGAUGAGAAUUAAGCAAAUUACUGUGUGAGAUUCAGUGCAUAAAUUUGGUAGUGACCACCCAGGAGAGGGUGUUGAACCAGCAUCAUCACUGGUAAGUCAAAUAUUCUCUCUUAUUCCCCCAUCAUAUCCAAUAUGGCUAGGGCCAACUAUGUGCUAGAUGUGUCGAGGAAGGAGGAGACAAAAAAGGACUUUCUGCUUGUGGAGACCAUUAGGGAGUAGGUCUAUGUGGCCAUGAAAAAAGCUUCUUGGGUUGGACUGUACCAUGUUGGAGGUGACUCAGAAACCUUUAGAGGAAUAACUUCAGAAAGAAAUGCUCUUCUUGAUUGGAGUAGAAAGAAAUGGCCAUGCCAUCCUCAGGGCCCUAUCUCUGGUUUCAACCUCCCCACCUCCUCUUUGGGCAUGUGGCAGCCCAGUAGGAACUGAUGUGGAAGAAUGUCCUCACUUUAUAGAGAAAAUGCAGCAUUUGAAAGUACACCCUAAAGUUUGGGUUUGGGUCUGGAACUGUAAUUUUAUUGGUGCAGGAAACUCCCCAUGAGGCAACUCUUUUCACUAACAGAUCUGCACCUGCUCUGUAUCUUCUAGUCUUUGAAAACUACUUAAAGUAGGCUGGUGAAAAUGGAUGGAGAAGGCCACUGAUGUUGGGAUGAGGUAGAGACAACAAACUGAAGAGGACAGUCCUAGUUAAACAUAUUCAUGUUUGGGUGCUUUGGGAAGAUAGCUCUUCAUUCAGAGUCCCUCCCCUCCACACACACACACACACACACACACACACGCCCCUUCACACCAAACCCUGAGGCUGGCCCUCUCUGUUCCCUGAAUGAGAGUUCAUUGUUGUCAUGGUGAAUGUAUCAGGCAGAGGCAGGUACCCCCUGCUAACCAGAGCCCUACUUCUACCACACUAGGUCCAACUGGCCCUAGCACACACUAAACAGCUGCUCAUCCUGUACACAUAUUUACAGUGAUCCCACAAGUUGUGCCUUUCUGCUGCCCUAUCCGGGACUAAAAAUCGCCCCCAGCCGAUCCAGUGAAGAGGGAUGAGAUCAUACCAGUAGUGGGCAGGACUCACCACUUAAAGAUCAAGGACAGGGCCCUCAAGUGAGUACAGUGUUUGAUCCUCUUGUUUCCCAAGGAGAUACUGACCAUCCCUCUACUUCCACCACCCUCAGCUUCCAGAGGGCACUGCUGGAGAGAAGUAUCAAGAAAUUCCUUGUAAAAGUAUCAAGAUCCCCAAAGCUAUGGCCCUCUCUGGGCUGUGGGAACCACAGAAGCCACCUACGCUCAUAAUUCUGCAGAAUCACAAUCCCAGAGUUUAGGGAAGAAGGGGUUCGGGUCUUUGUGACCAGACUGAUUGGUCUGGAACGGAGCCCUUGUACUACUUGCUGGGGCCUGAAGUGGCACCUUAAUUUCAUUGUCUUUGUUCCAAUUAAUAUGCAACUGGUUUGCAUCUUCCCCCAUUGCUGCUGUGUAACCCUCGUAUCUACUUAUAUCACAAAAUGUUGUAUUACUGGAUCAAUAAAGAGAUACCUACCUGAGGGAGAUGGGCUUCCUGACCUUUCUUCCAAGGAGGUGCCAUUUUGGUGGAGUA